GGGUCGGAGGCGGGGCCGGGUUCCGGCGAGGUGGCGGAGCCCGGGGACUCGGCCCGCGCCCGGGAAGAGGCAGAGCUGGAAGCAGGGGUCCGGGCGGCCUGGGUGCGCGCGAGGCCGGACGCCCGGGUCAUGGCUGCACCCCUAGGCCUCGUUCCUCGACCCGAUCCCGACUUGCGUCGUCCGGGCUUGCGCUCCCGUUUCCUCCAGUAGAAGAGCAGCGUGUUGUGGAAGCAGCGCCGUGGCCGUGCCGCGGCCUCGGGCUGCGGCCGAGGCGACGUCUGUGUUGCGGCCCGCGAUGCACCCAUCGCUUUGCUCUGACCGUCCCGCGUGCCCGCGGCUAAGCUCUGUGCCCUCAGUUGGGGGCGCGUUCAGCAGCCGUUUCUUGGCGCCAUGGCAACGCCGGGCAGGGCCGUGAGCGCACAGAGGGCGGUGCGUGCUGGGGCCGGGGUCCCACGGAUCCGCCCGGGCGACUGGCGCCAUGGCAACGGGAGUCAGGCAACUUGGGGCCUGGCCGUGACUGCAAAGGGGACGGUGUGUCUCCUGCGUGCAUCCAGAGCCCUCGAAUCCUAUAGCCUGCAUGAAGUCGGGAGUGGCUUCAAGGAUACCUCUGCUUCCAUACCUGCAUUUGUUCAUUCCGCAAAUACUUGUGUCGUGCCUAAUCUGUUCCAAACACAGUUAGGAGCUGGGCAGGGUGGGGAGCAAGAUCCCAUCCCUGACGUCCUCAGCUCAUAGUCCAGUGAUCAAGAUGGAAAAAAACAAAAACAAAAGGAGAAAUCACACUAAUAAAUAUUCAGAUUCCUCUGGAGAGUGGAUGUCCUGGGUGUGAGUGAGGAGCACAGGCAUUGGGGGAGGAUGGGCUCUUGUAGUUGUCCCGGUGACAGGAUGAAAGGUGUUAUGGAGAAGGAAAGAAGUGGAAAGAAUCUAGGUUGCUGGGGGUGUGGAACAAGGGUUGUUAAUUAGUAUAGGAAGGGGGGUCUCUGCAUCCUUCUAGGUCCCUGGCUGUGAGUUAACUGGCCCUUCUCCAGUUUCUCUCCUUUGUCUUCCAAGGAAGCAGGAUCUUUUCCACCUUGGACCCUACCAGGCCAGCGUGGGCCCCACUGAGGUUGGCAGGAGUAUGACAGCUGGGCUGAAGGCACUUUGCAAAAAGCAGGCCUAUGUCAGCAUUGUUCAUUGCCUGGGCCAAGACCAGGGAAGGUUUGAGGGCUUCAGAGAGAGCUGCUGGUCAAACAGAUACACAAAGGCCUUUUGUUGAGGCCAGGGUGGUUUCCUGGAGGGAUGCCCUAGAGGCUCACGUCUCCCUGGAGUGUACAGGGCAGUGGAAGUCCCAACACAGAGGUGGUGGCCCCAACAGCAGACAAAACCACUGCAUACCAGGGUAGGAUGGGGCCCCAGAAAUCUCCCUUAUAAGGAAGCAGUUCAGCGUUGUGGGGCAUCUGGGCACACCCUCUGUCUGGGGACUCUAGGGCCUUAACCUUCACUGCCCCCACCCCCCAGUUAGUGGGGGAAUGGUCAUUCCUAAUCUCAGAGGCUUUGUUUGCAAUAAACUAUGAUAAAUCAUAAGUUUGGAGGUGACUCUCAAAACAGUCCUGGUCACCACCUCCCCAUCCCCCAAAUGCUAGUGACUACAGAUGGACCCUGUUCAUCCCAUCCCAAAUCCCCCUACCACAGGGGAACCUAUAGGGUGAGCCUGUGGUCUCUCCCCAACACACACACACAAAAAGAAACCUUACAAUAUUUAACACAAAUUUCCUCCUCUGUGACUUGGGGACAUUAAAUAACCUUUCCUGCUACAUAAAAAUUAAGCCAAACAAAGGACUUCAAGCCCUUAGUGCUGGGUCAUUCUUUCCUGGUGACAAUUGUAGUCACCGCCCCAGGGAGUUCAAAGACAGAGCCAAGGGGCACACCCUGCAGGUGGCUCUUUCCAGUCACUGCUACAUGGGGCGUGGGAGGGCAGGGAGGGUUGGCCAGGUCUGACGUGGUUUGAUGGCUCAUGCUUCCCCUCCUCCUCCCAGACUCAGCAGCAGAGCCUCAGGCAGCAGUCCCAGCCCCUCCCACCAAGCCCUGUGCACCUGUCCUCCCACCCAGAUCUAGGGGUGCGGUGAGGAAGCUGUGAAGGACCCAGUCAGGGGCCGGGAAGUGCCGCAAACACCUGGUGGGUCUGGGGCAUUGCCGGGGAAUUCCAAACAGCCUUCCUGGUGCCCCAGGGGGUACUCCCCUCCCCACGCAGGCAGGGAGGCAGUAGGACCCUUGACUACACCUGGCAGACUCCAGAAGCCCGUGACAGAGUUCUGGGAAAGCCACAGCAAUGGCAGGCCCCCGACACCCAGUGUUCGUGAGCGGGGCAGCUCUGGUGCAGACAGAGAAGCUCCAGACGUUCGCCUUCUCUGUGCACUGGUCGGAUGACAGUGACACCUUUGCACGCAGAAGCUGGGAUCAGUUCAGAAAACUCCAUAAGACCCUCAAGGAGACCUUCCCAGUGGAGGCGGGCCUGCUGCAGAGAUCAGACCGCAUUCUCCCCAAACUUCCUGAUGCAUCCUUGUUGGCACACUGGGGGCGCACGGGCCGCGGCCUGGUGCGCCUGCGGCUGCUGGAAACCUAUUUGAGGGCGCUGCUGGUUGCGGGGGAGCGUUUGUCCCGCAGCCCGGUGCUCACUGGCUUCUUCGCGCCACAACCUCUGGACCUGGAGCCUGCGCUGCCACCGGGCAGCCUGGUGAUCCUGCCUGCCCGGGAAGAGCCCCUACCAGGCCCCAGGGACAGCCCUGCCAGCUGCAGUCUGGGGGCUCCGAGUCUGCGUUGCCUGCAGCCCUUCAGCACCCAGGAUGCGUGGGGCCAGCCCUUCCAGGCUCGGGCCCAGGAGGCCCUUAACGUGCUGCUGCGACACCCCUCAGGCUGGUGGCUGGUGGCGAACGAGGACCAGCAGAUGGCAUGGUUUCCUGCUCCCUACCUGGAGGAGGUGGCCCCGGGCCAGGGACGAGAUGGGGGUCGGUCCCUAGUGAGCAGUGGGUCCCAGUUCUGUGCUUCCCGUGCCUUUGAGGGCAGCCAAGCUGAUGAGCUGUCAGUGCCUGCAGGGGCACACGUGUGUGUGCUGGAAACGUCCGACCGCGGCUGGUGGCUGUGCAGAUUUGGUGGCCGCACUGGUCUUCUCCCAGCUGCAAUACUGCAGCCAGACGGGCUGGGCACAGUCCUUAGCGGGCCAUGGCUCCACCUUGGGGCAGAUGGUGGGGAGGACAGAGAGGGAGAGGCCCGAAACUUCCCCAAGUGCCCCCAGGCCAAGACCCUUCCCCCUACUGUGCCUGCCCGACCACCACUGAGUGCUAUUCAGAGCCGGUGCUGCACCAUCACCCGUAGGGCACUGAGGAGGGACCCAGAGGGUCAGGGACCUUUUUGAGUGUGUGGAACCUGGUGGAGGGCUGCGCUGUGCACCCCAUAACUGGAGCGGCAGCCCAGAAGCUCCAAACUCCAGGGAUGACUGAUAGCAGCCACAUCAGCCCCAGGGCUGUGGGAGGAGCACUUGACCCCAAGUGGGUGAGGCCAGGAGGCUACACCCCUCCUUGUCCUGAGUAAAGCUCU